UUCCCAUCAACAAAUGUAUGAAACCUGGCCUCGUCUUUAUCGGUUCGUUUCUCAUCUACCUCUUUCGCAGAAAUUGAAAACAAAUGCUCUCUCCAUGUGGGUUCCCCUAAUCAGGUCAGUUUAUCGCCGAAAUUUGGUCAAAUAUGACCGCAUUUUCCGAUUCAGUUCAGUGUCAGCACUUGCUCAGUUACCUUUCUCCGACGUAUCAGACUCCGGUUCAGAAGAAAACUACCCACACCCCUUUAACAACAACAAUAUUGCCUCAUUUGAUCAUGCCCACCAGGUGUUUGAUAAAAUGUCAGUUAUUGAAACCUUAAAGUACUUAAAAGAACAACCCAAUACAGCAUUACAUUUACUCACCCGAUUGAAACUAUGUGGUUUUACCCAUGAUGUUGCAACUUAUAUGGCUAUUAUAAGGUUUAUGUGUUACUGGGGUAUGAUUAGUAGGUUAAAGUUUUUGUUUUUAGAGGUUAUUGUGGAUAAAGAUGGGGCUUUUGGGUUUAACGUUUCGGAUUUGUUUGAAGGGUUGUUGAAAGAGUUUAAUGUGGGUGAUCAACAUUUGUUUGUUAUAGCAGUUGAUGCUUUGAUUAAGGCUUUUCUUAAUGUUAGACGGCUUGAUGAAGCGUUUGAGGUUUUGUUAAAGAUACAAGAAGGUCGAUUUGUUCCGUCUGUGCGGACGUGUAAUCUUUUUUUGAACGAGUUGGUUGAAGAGGGUGAAGUAGAUAUCGCUAUGGCGGUUUAUGAACAUUUAAAGACGGGCGGGUUUUGUCCAAACGUGUGCACAUAUGGGAUUGUGGUUAAAGGACUAUGUAGGAAAGGACGCGUGAAUGAAGCUAGAGAUGUCUUUAGAGAAAUGGAAGAAACUGGAGUUGAGUCCGAUGCGUUCACGUUCGGCUCGUAUAUUGACGGGCUUUGCUCAAAUGGCAACACAGACUUUGCUUUUGUGUUGCUUAAAAUGUCUCGAGACGCCGUCGAUGUUUUCGCAUACGCUUCUGUCAUUCGUGGUUUUGUAAGAGAGUUGAAGUUCGACUCUGCGGAGAACGUUUUUCUUGACAUGAAACAGUCGGCAAUCGUGCCUGAUGCUUAUUAUUACGGGCCGUUAAUCCAAGGGUACUGUAAAAGAAACAAUCUUCUAAAGGCCUUGGAUCUUCACGAUGACAUGAAUUCAAACGGUAUCCAAACUAAUUGUGUUAUUUUGAGCUCAAUUAUGCAAUGUUUGUGUCAUUUGGAGAUGUUGUCCGAAGCUGUGGACCAGUUUACAAAAGCAAAGGAAUCCGGUGUUUUUCUCGAUGAAAUUUCGUACACGAUUGCUAUUGAUGCUCUAUGUAGACAACGGAAAAUCGGUGAAGCAGUUUUGUUGCUAGACGAGAUGAAAUUAAAGAAAAUGAACCCAGAUGUUAUGCACUACACAACUUUGAUCAAUGGAUUUUGUCUUCUUAACGAUCUUAAGAACGCUUUAAAAAUCUUUAAUGAGAUGAAUGAGAAUGGUUUGAAACCUGAUACGGUUAUCUUCCAUGCGCUUAUUGGUGGGUUUUUAAAAUGCGGGCGUUAUAAGGAGACGAUGAUUCUUUUAGAUAAUAUGGUGGUACGCGGUUUAAAGCCCACAAGUACUACGCAUAACAUCGUCAUCGAUGGCUUAUGGUGGAAAGAUGAAGCAAGCAGCAUCAUUUUUUAA